AUGCUGGAAACCAUCGACGUGGACCCUUGGGGCAAACCCUAUAAGCUGGUCACCCGCAAGCUCCAAGGACCUUCAGCAACCGCAAACAUGGACCACGAAGACGUAUUGAGGAUAACCGACACACUGUUCCCAUCGCGCCUUCCUGCAGACGCUCAAAUGCUGCCGGCGGAAUUGGAAUUUCCUCCCUUCACAGUCGAGGAGGUGGACAAGGCGGUCCACAGAGCCCAGCGGAAAUCCACGGCUCCUGGCCUGGACUGUAUAACUGGACGGAUACUAAGAGUCGUCCACCAACUGCGUCCUACAAUGCUGAUCGGACCUAACCUAACCAGUGCGUCAGGGAUGGUGUUGUACCAGCUAGCUGGAAAAGAGGGAUAG